AUGGGUAAUCACUUCGGUGCUUUGAUUUGCAGUCCACCUCAUAGUGCCGGUGCCGGGAAAGUAAUUCUAUGGGAUGGUUCGAUCCAGGAGUUCAGCUCGUCAUCGACGGCGGCGGAGCUGAUGCUGGAGCAUCCGCAACAGGUGGUGGCGGAGUUCCAGGCGGCGGUUAACGGCAAGAGGCCGGUUCCAUUGCCGGCUGACCAGAAACUGGACGUGAAAAAGGUUUACGUAAUGCUGCCGUUUAAUCGAGGGAAACCGACCACGUUGUCAUCGGACGAUGCUCGUCGCGUGCUGGUGAGUGCCAACUCUGUGUUGAGAUCGAACUCGAAGCGGCUUUUAUCGUCUUCCGGGCUCUUUCCUUUGUUUGCCAAGAUUUGCCCAGCAAAUCAUAUGCGAGAGAUGGAACAAAAAUCCCCGUUGCCGGAGAAGGGAAACGCCGGCGAAAGGGCGGAGAAAGCCGGUAGUUUGACGGAGUUAUUACGGGAGAGCAUGGAAGAUUUGCCGGAGUAUUUGAAGCGGCAAUAUUCGGGCAAGGGAUGGAAACCAAGCUUGGACACGAUAAAGGAGAAGAAGAUUGAGAGAAAGCUAUCCCAUUGGUUGUAUUAA